AUGGCGGUCGGCGCGGCCGCAGCGGGCACGCAAUCGGAGCCGAUCGGCUACGCGAUAGAGAAAGAGCACGCAAUCGGAGCCCAUCGGCUGCGCGAGCGAGAAAGAGCACGCAAGCGGAGCCGGAAGCGGGACAACACGAUCGAGGCUCUCGAAUUUGAACUCGCAACAGUGAAGCCGUCGUCGUCGGAGCUGGGUCGAGAGGACGGGCCGGCGACUUCCACUUCAGUCACGGGUUCAUCUUUUUCGGAGGCAAAAACUGUCGCUCGCGAGGAAGCGCGCGAUGUUGCCACCGAGGCGCGGGAGACGCGAGAGGGGUCGCGGGACGCGGAGGGGCGGGCGUUUGGCGCCGGCGUAACAGCCGCGCCGACUUUGACGUUCGGCGCGGUCGCUGUCUCUGCCGGCGCCUGGCCUUUUUCCCGCGCUAACACUACUUAUACUCCGGAGACAGUCGGACGCGCA